AAAUUGGCUGGCUCGAGAUCACUUCACUUUGAACACAGCUGAACCUGGAUGAGCAGAUGCGAGUUUACUCAACCGGCUCCACAUUUCGCACAGCUGGUUAGAAUACUCCUGAUGAGACCCGAUUGUGCCAGCUUGGUUUACGUGCCAACGUUCUUUGAAGCGACCAAGUCCAGUUGAACCCUAAUGAAGUAAUCGUGUGAAGUUUAUUUUGACUUGCUGUUUUGUCAAAUAGGUUGUUUGUAGAAGAAAAGCUGGAAAGAAGCUGUGUUGUAGCGUAACUAGAAGUGGCACAGAGAAACUUUAUUUUUAAAGUUGCAGCCGAGAUGGAUUCAACAGAGAAACUAAACCGAAAUAAAAACUCAGACGUCAAGAAAGUGGUACCCAAGUCUGAGUUUUUCAGGUGUUUGGCGUCUUUACCAACAUGCCUGUGCUUCAUGAUGGCAGUCAGUUCGGUGGCAUUUUGUUUUUUGUUGAGCUUCAAAACUUUUCAGUUGGAAAACAGAGUGAAACUUUUGGAGAAAGGAAACGCACCAGUAUUUGCUCCUGCAGAAACCAGUAUUCUUACUGAGGGUGGGACUCUCUUACCUGUGAUCCGAGAUACGAUAGAAAGUAUUCUGCAAGAGAGGUUAAAUGAAGCGUUGCCUAGACUGCGGACAGCCAGGGACCUGCAGGCACAGUGCUCCUGCCCUCCAGAGCAGGACUUGACUGUCAGGAAAUGACCCUUCCUGCCCUUUACCUCCCUGGGUGCAAUACUCUGGCAUAGAGCUUCCCCCACAGCCCCCAGCCUCCAUCCCCUGCGGAGUUAGUCAUGGGAUGUGGGCCGUGCCUACGACACUCUGCUACUCCGUCUACAGCAGUCAGCGUGUGUGUCUGUGUGCGCGAGCGUGUGUGUGUGCCCUCCUUGUCUGAACGUGCUGUUCGAUGGCAGAGCAGUGCUGUACCGUGAUUUAACCCAAUCUUCUCAAUCCACUCAACCCUCCCUGGGAGCCGACUACCCCUGGGUAAGGAUUUUGACAGCUUGCUGCAUUGGCUGUUUGGAGUUGAACCCUACACUCUUCAACAAAGUGCCAAGUAAAUGUAGCUCUUCAAAAUGAAACUUUCUCUACUUCUUAAAAUAACUAUCAAAAUAACUUACGUGGAAUGCUGUAUCAUCUUCAACAGUCUGCAGUAUGUAUACAGUGGUGGGACAAAAUUAAAAGCACAUGCAAUAUGUAGCACACACUUUGAAAUGGCCUGUCCUUUACGUGAUGCUGUAGUAGGGCAUGAGGCAAUCCCGAUGUGCAGAACACACGUGUCUUCUUGUUACACAGUUGAUAUCUAAUGUGCAAGAAUGUUCUCGACUCCUCUUUAAAAAAAAAAAAAAAAAAAAAGAAGAAAAA